GACGUCAUACUACCCCGUCCUGAUGAUGUCAUACACCAUCCUGAGGAUGUCAUGACGUCAUACAACCUGAUGAUUUCAUGAUCUCAUACACCAUCAUCCUGAUGAUGUCAUGCACCGUCCUGAUUAUUUCAUGAUCUCAUACGCAAUCCUGAUGAUGUCAUACCAUCCUGAUGAUGUCAUAUAGCCUCCUGAUAAUGUCAUAUAUGCUGCAUUCAAAACAGCUUGGAGGUUAGGAAGCUCUUGCUUGUCUUUAUGUAAACCUUCCCUUCUUCCGAAAUAGGAGUGUUCAGGAAACGCCCGUGACUUCGUGAGACUAGACUUCAUAACGACAACAAAUGACUUUGAUCAGGUCAUUGAGAGGGCAGUCGGCACAGGAGUACAGAAGUUCAUAAUUACAGGAGGAAGUCUAGAAGACAGCAAGGAAGCUCUGAAACUGGCCCAGACCAGAGAGGACCUGUUCAGCACGGUGGGCUGUCACCCCACCCGCUGCAGUGAGUUUGAGGCGCUGGGAGCAGACCAGUACCUCUCCGGCCUCACCCAGCUCGCCCAGCAGAACCCCGGCAAGGUGGUCGCCAUCGGGGAGUGUGGACUGGAUUUUGACCGGUUGGAGUUCUGCCCCAAAGAGACUCAGAUCAGGUACUUUGAGAAGCAGUUCGAUGUGGCGGAGGAGACCAGAUUACCCAUGUUCCUCCACUGCCGGAACUCCCACAAGGACUUCCUGGACGUGAUGAGGAGGAACAGAGAGCGCUGUGUGGGUGGAGUGGUGCACUCGUUUGACGGGACGGCCCAGGACGCCGCGGCGCUGAUGGACCUCAACCUCUACAUCGGCAUCAACGGCUGCUCCUUGAAGACGGAGGCCAAUAUUGAAUCUAUGAAGUCGAUUCCUACAGAUAGCCUGAUGAUUGAGACAGACGCCCCCUGGUGCGGGGUGAAGGCGUCCCACGCCGGCUCCAGGUUCGUCUCCACCACCUUCCCCACCAAGAAGAAGUGGGAGGAGCUCCACUGCCUGAAGGACCGCAACGAGCCCUGCCACAUCAUACAGGUGCUGGAGGUGAUGGCGGCGGCCCGCGGGGAGGACGUGAUGGAGAUGUCCUCCACCAUCUACAACAACACACUGAAGCUCUUCUUCAGCUGAAGGCUCUCGGCACGGCCGCAGGUCCCGGGUUCGAUUCCCCCGGGCCGAGGAGGAGGGGCGUGCGUUCUGCAGGACCGGUGGAGCCGCGGCCGGAGCCCUCCAGAAGGCUUCAAGGACUGUUCAUGUAUCUCCAUGUUGCAUAACGCCCUUGUGAACCCGCUAAAACCGUGCUCUUAUGUGCUCCACAUCUUGGGUAAACAAGUUAUCAACUAAUGAAUGGCGUGGUUGAGAUCGAGCCUCAACGCAUUGUGAACGAGUUGUUGUAAAGCCUAAAAUGGUCCACGUUCAUUUCUUUAUUUUGUGCAUACAAAUAAUAAAGUUUUACUCUU